GUGUUCUUCUUUCGCGAAAGUUGCCAAUUUCAGCGCUGCGCUGUCAAGAUGAUCAAGUUCGUUUUUAUCUGUGUUUCCCUGGUUUGUGCCAGUUUAUAUUUCUCCCGAGCGGGAAGUACCCCGCAAGAUCAAGUAAGACAAUGGUCAAUUUCGUUUAUUUUCCAAAAUAGUUUUUUUUCAUUACACGAUCUAUUCAAGACGUAUUGGAAGUCGUGAAAAACAUUUUGAAAACCAUAGUCACUGUCUCUGGUAAAGAUGACAAAGAGUGCGUCAAUCAGUUUAUAAUAAGCGUGCCUCAGUGAGAUCAGUGCACCGAUCAAGUACUAAGAGUGCUUUCCGGACCAUCGGACAACCGCUCGAAACUCAUCAAAAAAGACACAUUCCCUUUUGCACAGUUUAAUCGUGAUUUGUGAAUAGUGAGAACUGUGCGAAGCAACUUUGCAGCCCAAAUUUGAUACUUAAUCCAGAUCUUUGAAAAGAAACUUUUAUUUCAGAGAAUUUAUGCUCCUUCGCAUUCACCGAUCGACAUCAAUGUUCAUGGUCGGAGAGGUAAAAAGGUACGUGACUGUGAAUUUCUCUACAUGCACAGUUCGAAAUUUUAGUGCCGCAAUUAGUAGUGAUUUCGAAUGCCUCAUUUUAGGGAGAAAAAGGUGUGAAGGGCGACACUGGAGCAAAAGGCGAUAAAGGAAAACCUUGCCAAUGUUCCUUACAGGUUAGACAGUGCUAAUAGUUUUCAUUUCUUAUAAAUGUUGAUAUAAAGGAUCCCUUGGUCCUAUACUACUUAAUAGUUAACGUUUAGUCAACUGAGAUAGGACAGAGGCACCCAACGACUGUUUUUUCUGUUAAAUUUCUGUUCGGAGAAGAAAAUAUUGCCUAGAAUUUUCUUAAGCUUGAGGGCGGCUAAAAAUUUCUAGAUGACCGUUCCAUUCACGAACAAUUUUCGAAACUUAUCUACUAAAUUGCUUACGUUUUUUUUUUCACAUUUCUCUCACCAAGUUAGGCAAUUUUCGUAGAAAAAAGAAGACCUAAAAUUUUCGGAUUCAAAAAUGUGAUGGAGAGAGGAACCAGAUAAAAAUCUCCUACUUCCGUAAUACAUUACAUUGUAUUGAUCCACAAUUUUUGGUGGAAUAAUACUAACAAAGCCCUUGUAAUUUCGAAAAGACUCAAGCUCCCUUAGGAUGACUGAACAGGUACAAAUUUCAUAGCGCCUCUAGAAUGCAUUUCUAGAGAUCUGAAAGUACUCUGUAUAACCUAAAAAGUGUUUUCAAUGCAUUUCGGAGGAAACCGUCGUUGGGUGCCCCUGAUAGGAGCUGUGUCACGAACAUUUACCAAAAUUAAACAGUUGCAAAUGGUACCAAAUUGCAUGAGCGAAACAUAAAAAUAACCGCUCAAAAACACUAAAAUAUAAUAAGGUAUAAAUUAGACAGCAAAUACAAAAGGAGGCACGGACGAACCGUAGUAAACUUGAAAAAGAUUGAAACGGAUUAAGAUUCUAGUUUUUGAAAACUUUCUAGUUAAAAUUAGCUUGAUCGGGUUUUUCAAAGUUCAUUUUUGUUCUUUGUAACGUUUGAUAUGAUGUUUGGGAGACAUUAUAGUUUGAUAUGACGUUGUGAUUUUUGCCAUCUACAAGCAAUUUAGGUCCAUAGAGCAUAAUUGGAAAUACUUAAUAAAAUUAAAUGAACUAGAGAGCCGUGAAAUAUUCCCUUUAACUUUCAAUAAAUUACGGAAGCGGAAAUUUUCAAUAAAACUCUCUCUUGUACAAUUUAGUUUUUAAGUACAGGUAUUAACUUUCACAAUUUUGCGGUCCUGAUCCUUUGCUUUUAGUGCGAAUCGAAAGCACAGAUUCGUACAAUUAGUACAAAUUGAUGAUCAACUCAGUGCAUGCUGUUUUAAGUAUUAUAUAGAUCUCUGCUCAGUUUUACAAUACUUUAAAAGUUUUAUGUCAUUCUAAGGAAACAUUCAUCAUCGGGCUUUUAUUUCAGGAUCCAAAGAAACCAUCUGCUCAUAUCGAGGCUGUUUACAAGAGAGAGGUCCUCUACCCAGCCAACACAGGUACUUCAGUUCACUGUUUUACUAGUUCACGGCAGGCUACUGCUUUUUUUUAAUUUUGUAUUUUGUCUAGCGAGAAAUUCGAACAGAUAGUUUAUCCUCAUAAAGUUUCGAUGAUUUACAACACAGACCUCAGAAAAAAAAAUACGAUAACAAGUAAAUUUAGUUUCUUCGAGUAUCGAGGAAAGAGGAGGAUUUGAAUCAACAGUAUUUGUAGUCAUCAAGGUUGGGUUUUUCAAAGAAGGAUUAAGUUAUGUACUUACACUGAAAGAUAAGAACUAUAGAUGCAACCGACUGUAAUUGAGGUAAGGGGUGGGGUUAGAAGAAAACGUUCGAAAAUUUCCCACGCAAGGUCACCCACAUCUCCCAAACCACUUAGAGUGUAUGUUUAUAACUUGCUUUUUAGUGAUCAAGGAUUGGUCGGUCAGUGCUCCGUACAGCCAUCUUGCAGGUGGUAUGAAGUACUACAACGGAAAAUUGACGGUGCCUACCCCCCGGACGGUAUUACAUCUACGCUCAAAUUUACUACCACAGCAGUGGGAGGGUUUUUGUUAAUGUAAACAGCAAAGCCAUUACCAUGAUGCAGCCCCCAAUAAGUGUUAAUCACCAUGGUAGCUUGUACGCUGGUGGGGUGUUCUACCUGAAGGCUGGUGAUGAAAUCACCUUGAGUAUCAACAGUUAUCCAAAUAAAGCCGCCAAGAUAUACAUGGCCACCUACCACAGUUACUUUGGCGCAUUUCUGAUUUAAACUUUUAACAUCAAACCCCCUUCGUCAUUAAGUGCAACUGUUAAAAGUAUAACAUAAAAGCUGUAGGUUUUAAGGUUACUAAAAUAAUUCAGGGUUACGUAUAAAAUAUACCUUUAUUCGUAGGAGAC